AUGGCCUGUCAAGUCAGUAGCACUUCAGAUGUACAUUUAUCAUCAAUAAUAAAAGACAAUGAAACUGAACAUGAAUGUUGUAUUUGUUUAUAUGAUAAUAAUUUAAUUAUUGUAUUCGAUUGUAAUCAUCAUGUAUGUCUUUCAUGUUUUAAACAAUAUGCUAUAACAAAACUUAAUAGUCGUCAAUUUAAAUAUGAUUCAAAUAUUGGAUAUAGUCUUGGAUGUCCAUGUGGUUGUCCAAAUACACUUCUUCAUGAAUUACAUAUUUUUCGUUUAAUGGAUAAAUCAAAUUAUGAACGAUAUAAAACAUUUGGUGCUGAAGAAUAUGUAUUGUAUCAUCAUGGAGUUAUUUGUCCAACUCCAUCUUGUGGUUGUGGACUUAUAUUUGAUGAAAAUAAUUUAAAAAUACUUUGUCCAUUACCUAUUGGUUGUGGAAAAACAUUUUGUCGAAGUUGUAAAAGGCUUUGGCAAGAUGAUACAAUUCGAACUUGUUCAUGUCAAGAUGAUAGACAAAAUGAUAAUCAAGCAUUUUCAUUUUGGAAUCAAUUAUUUGGUCGUCAGCGUGAAUCAUCAUUAGGUACUUUCAAAAAAUGUCCAAGAUGUUCCGUAAAUACUGAAAAAGAUGGUGGUUGCAAUGCAAUAUCUUGUACACGUUGUGGUAUGACAUGGUGUUGGAUUUGUGAACUAGAAUUUCGUACUGAUUUUCAUUGUCAAAAAGCUAAUGAACUUUAUCAUCAUUUGAUGUCAAAUUAUAAUAAAAAUGUUCGUCCUGUAAGAAAUAAUUCUGAUCUUGUUAACGUCAAAAUCGGUCUUAAACUUAUUCAAAUAGCUGAUGUUGAAUGGCAAGAUUUCAGUUUUAUAUGGUCACCAGAAGAAUUUGAUGGUGUAGAAUACAUACAACUUCCUAGUGAAUUAAUCUGGAAACCUGAUCUUGUUCUCUAUAAUAAUGCUGAUGGUGAUUAUCAAAUUACAACAAGAUCAAAAGUACAAGUUCGAUAUGAUGGAGUUGUACAAUGGAAUCCUCCAAUGGUUUAUAAAUCUUAUUGUUUUAUUGAUAUUCAAUAUUAUCCAUUUGAUAGACAAAAUUGUACACUUAAAUUUGGUACAUGGUCAUAUCAUGGUUCACUUGUUAAUUUACAAUUUUUAACUAAUAAUGAAUCGUCUGUUCUUGAACGUGGUUGGGACCUUGAAGAUUAUACUCCAUCUAUUGAAUGGGAAAUUUUAAAUCUUCGAGCUAUUCGUCAUGAAAAAUUAUAUGCAUGUUGUGUUGAAGUUUUUCUUGAUUUAACAUUUACAUGUACUGUACGACGAAAACCAUUAUUUUAUAUAGUUAAUUUAAUAGUGCCAUGCGUUAAUAUAUCUGUGCUUGCUGUACUAGUUUUUCUUUUACCAUCGGACAGUAAAAAGAAAAUAACAUUAUCUAUUUCUAUUCUUGUUGCUUUACUUGUAUUUUAUUUAUUACUUAUUGAACUUAUUCCACCAACAUCAUUAGUUAUCCCAUUACUUGGUAAAUAUUUAUUAUUUACAAUUGUUAUUGUUAAUUUAUCGAUUAUAAUAACAAUCAUAACAUUAAAUGUACAUUUUCGUCGUCAUUCAACAUCACACAUGUCCCCUUUAAUUAGAAAGCUUCUUUUAGUUUAUUUACCAAAAAUUUUAUUUAUGGAGCGACCACCUAUACCACCAAGAUAUGUAUAUGUAAAAUCAAAUUCUUCUGAAAAUAUUGAUAAUCAAUCAUCAACAUUUCCAUGGAAAAAUGAUCAACGAAGACAUAUUGCUAGAAUAACAGCUGAUCAUAUUGCUUAUAUUGCAGAACAAAUUGAAAAUGCUCAAAAUGAAAAAGAAAUCGCUGAAGAAUGGCGUUUUAUUGCUUUAGUUUUCGAUCGACUUUUUCUUAUAAUAUUUGUAUCUGUUAGUGUAAUGGGUACAUUUGGAUCAUUAUUCAAAUCUCCACCAUCAGAUGAGUUCAAAACACCUAUCGAUCCAACAUGUUACUUAUAUUAUCCACCUAUAAACAAUUCUCGAUGGAUGCAAAAAUGUGGUGCCGACUAUUUCCGGAGUUUAUCAAAACAACAACUACUUUCAAACAUUCAAUCAUAA